UUUUCAACCUUUUGAUACCAACAAAUUCUUGAGAUCUACAUUAAAAUGGAGGAAGAACUGUCUAGCAUCAGAGCCAAUAAGCUUGCCAAUCAACAACCGGUAGAGUUCUACAACAAACUCAUAAAGUACAAGAGGAUUCAAAGGAAGUGAUACAACAACAUUGGGUGUCUGAAUUAUGCAAUGGAGGACUAUGAUGAAGCCAUGAAAUAUUUUGAAAAAGCUUGCAUUGAGAAAGAUUUUGAAGAAAACAUAGCUCACGAUGUGGCUAAUUCAGAAAGUUCUACCAAGCUUGAGAGUAACACUACCGAAGCAUUGGAAACUGGAUCACGGCUUUUGAAUUAUGCCAGAACUUUCAUUAAGAAGGCUGAGUGAUUAGCUGAGAAAAACAAGAGUGAGAAAGAUGAGAAAGAAACUCAAAGGAGAAAGAAAACAAUUAGUGGUCUCUAUCAAUCAGCUAUCCAAAAAAUCAACCAGGCUUCAAAGAACACUGUUCAAAGUGAGGUAGGAAGAGAGAUAGAAAUACUCUCAUCUCUUCUUCUGGUACGUGCAAACAUGUACAAUGAAAUCUCUGAAACAAAGGAAGAAGCAAUUCAGAACUUUUACGCACUAUACAAUUGGGUCAAAAAAUCUUCAGACGUGAAGAGCAAGGAGGAUAGAGGCGAAUUCGAUAUUCUUAGUGAAAUCCUUGAACAGACCUACUAUUAUUAUGAAGCAGCAUUAUUCUUCGACCAUUUGAAGAAUCUUAGGAAGAAUCGAAAAUUUAGGUCAAGUAUCACUUAUUCAGCCACUAUAACUCAAAGAGACACUUCAUUCCAUCCGAACUUUAGAAGUAUAAAGUUGAAUGAGCUUGAUGAACCUAGCUGUAUCUUGCAGAUUUCUGUCAAAAUGAGUGGUUCUCUUUGAGGGACGUAUUACAUUGAUCCGUAUAUAUACCAAAGAAGUCUUGAGUUGUAUCAGGAGUUUCUUGCCUCAACCCUUCACAAGCCUGAAAUCGAAAAUAUCGAGAGCAUCACUGAGUUCAUGGAUUUUUCGAAAAAGUGGAAUGUCAUGAUCUCUUACAACAGCUCGUUUAUUAACACUUUCUACAAAUCUCUUUAUUACAUCGAGACUAUCAAGGAUAUUAUGUCUGAGGAAGAUAUGCUGACCUUCUUUACAUAUGAAAAGAACUCUCUGAAGAGAUCUGUUAACAAGAAAUUAGUCAAAAAUAUUAAUUUCAGUGAUAAUGUAGAUAAUUUCUUAACCAUUAAACCAGAAGUGCAUAGUGAGAAUCAAGUCAAUUUUAUGCAAAGGCUCUGUAACUUUUUGGAGGGUACUUCUAACCACAAACAGACUUUGGAGAUGCUACAGAGUAAAGAAAUCAAGAAUCUUAUGAUUGCCUUCACCUCUAGGAAGGAAUGGGAUUCUGUUUUUAAUCAAGAUACAUGUAAGUUCAUUGAGAGACUCAAAAUACCUACAAAAGAAGACAAGAAUGGUUCCGAUAGUAGGCUGGGAACACCUGCUCCAGAUACUUUCACCAGUAACGAAGAAAGUGUCUUUGAAUCAGAGUCUAAAAAGAGCGAUGAAAGCUCGGAGAAUGAGGUUGACAAAACUUCUUAUCACAUGUGUGUCGUAAUCAUAGUCUUCCCUGAUGACUCAACUUUUGAUUGCGAAUUCAAAGAGAAAAAGCCAUUGACUCAAAGAAAUAAAGCCUCAAGAUUUAAGACUAUUAUUGAUGACAAUAUUUCGGACGAGAAUCAUGAACCCUUGUUUAAGAGGCGUGAUCCGAAUAAACCUUUGGAUUACUUAGAAGACUGCAUUAAUGACAAGGAAUACCCUAUCACACUCAUUGAGAUUGACAACCAAGAAAACACCAUUGACUCAGCAGUUAACUUUGUCAAGGAGUUUAUCAAAGCAUCCAGACAUGUGCCUUACAGGUUGGGAUUUGAACAAAUCGAUACUGUGAAGUAGAUGCACAAAGUUCUGAAUAAAAGUUAUUAAUGACAUCUUA